GCUUUUUUUUUGUUUGCCGUGCGAAGAAACAGUGAAAGAUUAUUCGCAAUGCCUGAGCCGGCGAAAUCCGCUCCCGCGCCCAAGAAGGGCUCGAAGAAAGCGGUGACCAAGACCCAAAAGAAAGGCGACAAGAAGCGUCGCAAGAGCAGGAAGGAAAGUUACUCCAUCUAUGUCUACAAGGUGCUGAAGCAGGUCCACCCCGACACCGGCAUCUCCUCCAAGGCCAUGAGCAUCAUGAAUUCCUUCGUCAACGACAUCUUCGAGCGCAUCGCGGGGGAGGCGUCCCGCCUGGCCCACUACAACAAGCGCUCCACCAUCACCUCGCGGGAGAUCCAGACGGCCGUGCGCCUCCUGCUGCCCGGCGAACUGGCCAAGCACGCCGUGUCCGAAGGCACCAAGGCCGUCACCAAGUACACCAGCUCCAAGUGAGGCUGCGGCUGCGCUGCGCAGUAAGGCGAUCCAGAAACCCCAAAGGCUCUUUUCAGAGCCAUCCACUUCCCCGUGAAAGAGCUUGGUCUCAAAA